UUUAUUUAAGCCCUUUCGUUCCAGGGAGAAGGUUCAGAUCAGCUUUGCUUAGUGCAAGUGUUAACUUACUGAACUAAAAAUGGGCAAAAUAUUUCAAGUGUUUGUCAUCGGAAUCAAGAAUGAAAAGAUUACCCUUGAUGUGGCCGAAUCAGAAACACAAUUCAAAAGUACAACUGUGGAAAAUGUGAAGAAGAAGUUGCGAGAUCGGAUCCCAGGAUUUGCAGAAUGCCGACUUCUGUUUGCUGACACUCAGCUGGAGGACGACAAAACAUUGUCUGACUACGGCAUCGAGGACAAAUCCACAUUAACCACAAUCGUUCAGCUGCUAGGAGGGUUUACUCAUACAGUCUGUCUGUUUGUAUGACCUCGACUCUGACAAUUUAACUGUUUGUACGCCGCGAUAUUAUUCCUGGAAGACGGUGCCACUGCCAACGGAUGACGUCAUGCGCUUUUCUUUGAGCUAACGUUAAUUUACUACCUAUAUUUGUAAGGAUCCUGUCUUUAUAAAAAGUAUUUGUUUUGUGUUUUGGAUGUUAUGUAGAGAGCAGAUUUGAAUGAGAAGUGCGUUUGCAAACACAAACA